AUGCUACCAAAAAAUGCUACCAAAACAUUCAUCUGUCUCGAAUCAAAGAUAGACCACAUCAACGCCGCUAUCCAGGCUGCCUCGCGAGCUUUCCCAACUUGGCGAGCUCAGUCGGGACGCCAGCGUGGACGAAUCCUACGCAAAAUAUUCGACUUGAUAGUCGAAAACAACGAAGACAUUGGCAAGAUCAUCACAGCCGAGAAUGGAAAAACCAAGGGUGAAGCUAAGGGCAAGGCGCUCUUCUUGGCUGGAUUCUUUGAAUGGUUCUCUGAGGAAGCACCCCGUAUCUAUGGAGAUGUCAUCCCUCAUAGUAAUCCUUCUUGCCGAACACAAGUCGUGAAGGAGCCAGUCGGUGUGGCUGCUGCUCUGGCUGCUGGGUGCACGGUUGUGAUGAAAUCUGAUGGUCUAACACCAUUCACUCCCAAUGCCCUUGCUAUUCUCGCCGAGCGUGAGGGUGUGCCAAAGGGUGUCUUUAACGUAGUGACUGCUCUUGAUAAUACUCCUUCACCGGGUCGACUCGCCAGCACGUUAAAGAAGCUGAGCCUUGGUGGGAAUGCUCCAUUUAUUGUCCUCGAUGAUGCCGAUCUUGAGACUGCGGUUACGAGUGCUGUUACCAGCAAGUUCAAGGUUACUGGCCAGACUUGUGUGUGUGCAAACCGAUUCUUCAUUCAAGAAGGUAUCUACGAGAAGUUGAGUCAGCGAUUUGUUGAGGAGAUGAAGAAGUCUCAAGUUGGGGAUGGACAAAAUACCGUUGUCACACACGAUCCUCUAACAAACGGUGUGGAGAAAACUUUCGGGCCUUUGGCUGCGCUUUCCAAAUUUACCACAAAAGACGAGGUUGUUGACCGAGCAAAUAACUGA